AUGACCGUGGAUCCGCUUUUCCUACUGCCUGAGCCUUCCUCCGUCCCCGGUUUCUUUCCUUCCGCCUUCUCCGCCGCGGCUCUCGAGAGAGUUCUUCUUGUCGUGGACACCAUUGUUCCUGUGGAACAACCAAACCUCACAAACAGAGUAAGUACUCUAGCCAAACAAUGUCACACGCAAGGCUUAGAGAAGAAACAGAUCAAGCAAGUCGAGAAUCGAAACAAAAAUCAAAGCUUUAGACAGAUCUCAACUGAAAAGAUCGAUUAA